AUGGCCAAGCAAAUCACCGACAUUAAGGGUUUCCUCGAGCUUGCUCGUGAGAACGGCACCAAGAGCGUCACCAUCAAGCGCAAUCCUGACAACACCAAGUUCAAGAUUAGAUCUUCCAGCUACCUUUACACCCUUACCGUUGCUGACAAGGAGAAGGCCGAGAAGUUGAUUCACACUCUUCCCCCCAACCUUGAGCAGAAGGAGAUUGCCUAA